AGCGCAUGCGUAAAGGACAAUAUGGUUACGGAAAUAAUUGUUAUAUGAGGAUUUUGUAAGAUAAAUUGCGUGCAAACGUUGCCCGCGGAGAGACACAGCUGGACAAUGGCAGGAGAAGAGGAGUCGAAGAACAAGGGAUUCAGGCAGUUUGGGAUUCUGGAUGUCCAGAAAAUUCCGUGUUUCAGAGAUGCCAUCCUGCAUGGAGCAGGGGGCUCGUUAACUGCUGGCUUGCUUCACUUUCUGGCCACUAGUCGGGUGAAGAGGUCUUUUGACGUGGGAUUUGCCGGUUUUAUGCUCACCACACUGGGGUCCUGGUUUUACUGCAGGAUUAACAACGCUAAGCUUCGUGUGCAGCAGAGGAAGAUCCAGGACAGCGUGAAGAACAUGGUGGUGUAUGAAGGGACCGUUCUGGACCCCACCAAGAAACGUGCUGCAGAAACACCAUCAGGCCCCUCAUGACCCCCCAAAGUUCCUACAAAGCCUCAGUAUCCAUGUUGGGAUUUUUUUUUUUUUUUUUCCUCAAGAAUGACUUUGGCUGCAGAAAUGAUGGAAGGAGAGGAAGCUGUUAUGCUUUUGUUUUUUUUCGUUCAACAACUCAAGUUAAAAUCUGAAGUAUUUCCACUGCAGGAACUUUCCCCAGUAACUAGUGUGUUUCCACUGCAGGGACUAAGGCCUAAUCAAGCUCCGGCUGCUGAGUGCCUGCUCAGGGGGCGUACUUUCCAAAACAGAACUGGAAUUUGGGGGUGGGGCAGCACUGAAUGUUGAUUAGUCGAGUACUUGCAUCAUUUUAUUUAAUCCACCAUUUUCAGAAAACGUGCAGCUGCAAAGCAGUUUGUUUUUAUGUUCCUUGUGUUCUGCCACAGCAGCAUGGAGUUAGAGAAGAAAUGCUUUUGAAAGAUGAACCGACGACAACGUCUUGUUUUAUAGUCGUGCCCAAAAUGGUGUGUAAGAACAGCGGUUGCUUUGUCAUUCUUCGGCAGACUAAUUUGCCAUCACAAUCUUCUCUGGUCUUUAGAAGGCACCAAUGGACUGAAGGGACCUUUUCGUUCACUGAAAAGUAGUUCCUGGGUCUAAAAGUUCUGGAAUACGUGGCUUUAGAUCUCAAAUUCCAAGCUGUUCUUCAGAGGAUCCUAAAGGUUUAAAUUUAAUAUUAUCUGACUGAUGUUCCACCACUCCCUGAAACAAACAACAUGCUGUGAAUUCAGAGAGUCCUCUCUGCCACGCAUACCAACCUACCACUAACGUUUUCUUUUAUUUGAGAAAGUCUACACACCUGCUGUGACAUCACUGAUUAGGGCGUGACCUAAAGUGUAACAUGCAGCUCUCUGUGAUCGACGGUUAAACCAGACUUUAAAUUCACCUGAAAUCUGACUGUUCUAUCAUUAGUAUUUAAGAGUUUAAGAGUAUGUCAAAUAAAUUAUGUACUGAUGUAGCAA